AUGCCCUCAGAGACUGCCGAGCCCACCCAGGUCGAUACACCGACCCAACAAGCCAACACUGCGCCUGGAUCGGGCAACGCUGUACACGUCGUCAUGCAACCCGCGAACCCGUCUUUCGGACAGAAAGUUGUCGGUUACGCCAAGGAGGUUCGCGGAACGGUUUUGAAGAAGCCAUCACUUAAAGAGGAGGGGGUCAAGAUCCGCAUGGGCGAGGAGCCAUGGCCUCCGUCUCCAGACAAGGCGCAUACCGAUGAACCCACGACCGACCACACGGAGACCAACUGA